UUGCUGCGUCUAGUAAAGUAGUGGAAAGAAACAAGAUCGUCUCUGGGUCACGCAGCAGCAGAAGUAGGCGGGCAGGCAGACUAGGGAUCCAGCUUUGCCGUUUGGAUUGCAUGGAUGUGAUCGCACGCACUGCAUUUGGCAUUCUCAUUCUCACUUUUGCGAGGCACAGCCUCUUCCUCUGCCAUCUCCUCCUCCGCUUCCCUUCCCCACUGCCACCAUGAUGGCAGAGGUGCAUCAGCUGCCUCAUGCAUCCCGGCUCCUUUUAUUUCUAGCUGUAGGGGUGAUGUGGACGGAACGCUCUGUCGCUGCAUCAGGGGAUGCUCCGCCUGGCAAAAUAGCUGUGGUGGGAGCUGGGAUUGGUGGCUCAUCAGUGGCCCACUUCCUGCAGCAGCACUUUGGCCCACAGGUGGAGCUGGAUGUGUACGAAAAGGACACGGUGGGGGGUCGCCUGGCCACAGUAACCGUCAACAAGCAGCAAUACGAAAGUGGUGGGGCCUCUAUUCACUCCCUCAACUUGCACAUGCAGGACUUUGUUAAACUGCUGGGACUGAAGCACCGCCGGGAAGUGGCAGGAAAGAGCGCCAUCUUUAGUGGGGAACAAUUUGUCCUAGAAGAGACAGAUUGGUACCUACUGAAUCUCUUCCGACUCUGGUGGCACUAUGGCAUGAGUUUUCUGCGUUUGCAGAUGUGGAUGGAGGAGGUAAUGGAGAAGUUCAUGAGGAUCUACAAGUACCAGGCUCAUGGCUAUGCAUUCUCUCGCCUUGAGGAACUCUUGCAUUCUCUGGGUGGUGACACCUUUGUCAACAUGACACAGCGCUCUGUGGCAGAGUCCUUAUUGGAGGUGGGCAUCACGCAGCGCUUCAUUGACGAUGUCAUUGUGGCCGUUCUACAUGCCAGCUAUGGGCAGUCGGUGUUGGUGCCCGCCUUUGCAGGGGCCAUGUCUCUAGCAGGGGCACAAGGCAACAUGUGGGCAGUGGAAGGUGGCAACAAGCUUGUGUGCUCAGGUUUGCUGAAGCUAACAAAAGCCAACAUAAUCCAAGCCACCGUGACAGCCAUCUCCUUGCAUAGUUCAGAAGGAAAAACCUUUUACCAGGUGCACUAUGAGGAUGAGGAAGGCCAAGGUUCUAAUUUCUAUGACAUAGUGGUCAUUGCCACACAACUGCACGAUAACAAGAGCAAAAUCGCCUUCCAGAACUUUGAGCCACCCAUUGCUGAGUUUCCAGGAACCUUUCACACCACGGUCAUCUCCAUCAUCCAUGGCUACCUCAACUCCUCCUAUUUUGGCUUCCCAGAUCCAAAACUCUUCCCCUUUGCCAGUGUCCUCACCACAGAUGCCCCUGCCCUCUUUUUCAGUUCCAUGGAUAACAUUUGCCCUGUCAAUAUAUCCAGUACCUUCAGGAGGAAGCAGCCCCAAGAUGCUGCCGUAUGGCGAGUCCAUUCUCGGCAUCCGCUGGAGAAGCAGGAGUUGAAAAUUCUGUUCCGUUCCUACUACUCUGUCCAGGUGACAGAAUGGCAGGCCUAUCCUUCCUACGAAUCUGCCAAGACCCUCCCGCCUAUUAUUCUCCAUGACAACCUCUACUACCUCAACAGCAUGGAGUGGGCAGCCAGCUCAAUGGAAAUGGCUGCUGUGGCAGCCAAAAACGUAGCCCUCUUGGCUUACAACCUCUGGUAUCGUGACCUUGAAAAAAUAGACCAGAAGGACCUCAUGCACAAAGUGAAGACUGAGCUGUGAAUUUAGCAAGGACUGCUAGAUGAGACUUCCCAGGAGCCUCACCUUUAUUGGAUGCAAGAGCAGGGACAUUAAAAGAGUGCACUGAAGGUUUGGUGUGAGAGUAAGCUGAGGACUAGCUAUCCACCUCUGUACAUCUGUUGUCUACUGCAAGUGCAUCCCCACCCUACCCAAACAUACACACUCUGCUUCAGAGAGUCUGCAAACUAAUGUGUCUAUGCCUUCCUAGAGUCAACCUGGAAAGGGAUCUGAGCUGGUCAGCUUUGAGCUGCAACCAAGCUAAUGUCCAGAUUCAAAGUUGGAACGGACUGUCUUCUUCAGGCUGAGUGGCUCCUUUUAGCUGCCGAGCCACAGCCAUGCAGUGCCCUUGCAGAUCACUUGGUAAGCUUCAAAGGAUCAGCCUGAGGAUGGGAUCCCCUCUGGCCUUCACAGCAACUGCAGUUCUGACUGGCAGCUACUUUGUGCUGGCCUCCUUGUGCCUAGGCCUCCAUGCUAAAGGCCCUUCAGCUGGGAUUGAGUCUUGGAUAUGCCACCCCUGCUGCAGCUGCAGCUCCCCUCUUUUGCCCCCAAGUAGUGUUGUUUCUUUGCUUACCAAGCCCCAUAAACUUGUCAAGUGUGUUCAACCAGGGAGCCCCGUGUUGGGUCUUUAGGGUAUUGGCUAGAGCUCAGGUUCAACAUUUGAUUUCCUCUGCUGGCUGUACAUAUGUGAAACUGCAUAACCACUGCCUUGGUAACCUCAAAUUCCUGCAGCUAAUGGCUGAUCUGAUGUUGCCUUGCCCUUUGUAUAUCGUGUAGAAUGAAACUGGAGGCGGUUUUGGGGGUUGCAAGAUAGGCUGGGCAUACUCCUGAGAAUGAGGAAGGGUUUCCCAUUGUUUCUGAACUAGGAGAAAGUGUGUAUGUGUUUGUGUAGACUGGAAUAUUUCCUGAUUUGGAGCCUUAUGCUAUUUCUUUAAGUCCAGGAAUGGCAUCCUGGAUGCUCCUUUCAUGAUGCUUAUCAAGCUGGGCUCACGUGAAAGUACCAUUUGUAUGGUAAAGGGAUAACUUGAGGCAGUUGUCCAUAAGCGCAACAAAAUGGUGAGGCCCCCACUCUUACAUUCUGGCUGCUGGAGAAAAGGCAGAUCUCAGCCCAGAUAUGGGUUGGUGUUUUUGUUUUGUUUUGAAGUAAUGGUGAGCUUUAAUUAAAGUACCUGUGAAAUAGUUAAAGAGUCCUUUUUAUUAUUAAGCAGCAGUGCUGCCCCAAACAUAAUUAUCAGUGAAUUCUUUCCAGUUAAUUCAGUGAAUUCAAUUAUCAGUGAAUUCUUUCCCGGAAGGGCAGUAAGUUCUGGCCACAUGAUAUUUCUUAACUUCCUCUAAUAAAGUUCCUUAACUGUGUGUUGA